AUGACUGUGGGGAACAUGGAGAGUGCUGUACUGUUUGAUGCAGGAAAGAAAGGUCGAGGCCUGAAGGCCAACAAAGAUCUCAGUGCUGGGGAAGUGGUCUUUGCCGAGCCCAGUUUCUCUGCUGUGGUCUUCGACAGUUUGGCCACUCAGGUGUGCCACAGUUGUUUCCGGCGCCAGGCUAAACUGCACCGCUGUGCUCAGUGUAGGUUUGCCUACUACUGUGAUCGGACCUGUCAGACUGCAUGUUGGGAUGAACAUAAACAGGAAUGCGGGGCCAUCAGAAAGAUGGGCAUGGUGCCCAAGGAGAAUGUCCGUCUGGCAGCACGCAUGCUGUGGCGUUUACACAAGGACACAGGCAUCGUGUCGGACAGUCAGCUGGUCUCAGUGGACCAGUUGGAGGACCACGUAGCUGAUCUGCCUGAAGCAGACCUGAAGCAGCUCAAGACUGAUGUGCACAGUUUCCUGAAAUACUGGUCUCAUGGAAGCCAGCAGCACUCAGUUGACUACAUCUCAAAUAUUUUUGGCAUUAUCAAGUGUAAUGGAUUCACACUGAGUGACCAGAAAGGUCUGCAGGCUGUUGGUGUGGGUCUUUUCCCCAAUUUAGGUCUGGUCAACCAUGACUGCUGGCCCAACUGCACUGUUAUACUCAACCAUGGCAACCAGUCAGCUGUGAAUUCUGCUCUCCACUCUCAGAGGAGGAUUGAGCUACGAGCUUUGGAGACAAUCCCCAAUGGUGAGGAGCUGACUGUUAGCUAUGUGGACUUCCUCGACCUGUCUGCUGACCGUAAGAAGAAGCUGAGGGACCGUUUCUUUUUUGAGUGCACCUGUGAGCACUGCAGACAGCACACCAAGGAUGACCUGAUGAUGGCUACCUCAGUGAGCGACGGGAAAAAACCCUCUGCAGAUAAGGUCAAAGAGGUGUCUGCAUACAGUAAAGAAUGUCUGGAGAACAUUGAGAAGUCUCGUGUUGAGGGAGAUUAUCAUGAGGUGGUGAAGUUGUGCCAUGAGUGUCUGGAGAAGCAGGAGAACGUCCUGGCUGACACUCACCUGUAUAAGCUGCGCGUGCUCAGUGUUGCCAGUGAAGUGCUUUCAUACCUGCACUCCUUCUCUGAGGCGGCAGCUUACGCCCGCAGGAUGGUGGAAGGAUACAUGAAGUUGUACCAUCCUAAUAAUGCUCAGCUGGGCAUGGCCAUUAUGAGAGCAGGCGUCACCUACUGGCAUGCUGGGCAGAUAGAGCUGGGCCAUGGCAUGAUUUGCAAGGCCUAUGGCAUUCUCUUGGUCACCCAUGGACCCAACCACUCUAUCACCAGAGACCUGGAGUCCAUACGCACCCAGACUGAGAUGGAGCUGAAGAUGUUCCAGCAGAAUGAACAAGUGUACCACACCAUGAGGGAGGCGGCUCUGAAGAACCAGCCUGUGGCCAGCAGCUCCUCCACUGAUGAAAAGCUCAAAGGCUGCAAGCAUUAGUCACCUUCACUCCAAUGAUCCUAUUAAUGAAAAGCUCUUCUGUUCUGAAACAUACCUAAUUGUACAUUGUACACUGAAUGUGCUCUAGAGCACUGUACUGACUCUAUGAAUCACCAG